UCAACUGCCAUAAACAGUUCUUUGUAAUCUGUUCCUUAUAUUUGCAUAUUUCCUUCGUGAAUCUCUCGCCUUCCUUAUUCGUUUCACAGUGUAAUUAGCCUUGAUUUGAAGUAACUAAAAUCUCUUGGGGAUUCAGAUUCCAAAAAAAAGUUGUCACUUCGUGUUUUUAAAGUCGGUCUCGUGUUCCCUACAUUGACAUCCAAAACUCAAGUUUCAUCAAUCUUUUGAGAGUUUCCAGCACUUUGUUUUUUUCAUGGCACCACCAAACAACCCUGUUAGUUCCACCACCAAUCUUCCCCGGUCUAGUAGUUUAGAGAAGUGCUUUGAUUUGUGUGAUGGAAAGUUGAGUGUCAACGGCUUUCCUUUACUGCAUGAUGUUCCUACCAAUGUCACUUUCACACCAUUUUCCUCGGUCUGUAACGCCUUGGAGUCCGAUGCACCUAUUCCUCUGGUUCAACGAGUCCAGGUUAUGGCUCAAAGAGGUGGGUUCCUAGGGUUCACCAAUGACGAGCCAUCUGAUAGUAUGUUGAACUCUCUGGGUAAAUUCACUGAUAGGGACUUUCUGAGUGUGUUUAGGUUCAAAACAUGGUGGUCCACACAAUGGGUGGGGACUUCAGGGUCUGAUUUGCAGAUGGAAACACAAUGGGUAGUCUUAGAUAUCCCUGAAAUAAAGUCUUAUGCCAUGAUCAUACCGAUCAUCGAAGGCGGUUUCCGGUCUGCUCUUAGGCCUGGCAAAGAUGGUCAUGUCAUGAUCUUCGCGGAGAGUGGCUCUAGUCAAGUCAAGUUAUGUUUUUUCAACUCAAUAGCCUAUGUUCAUGUGUCUGAUAACCCUUUCAACUUGAUGAAGGAAGCUUUUAGCGCUAUUAGGGUUCAUCUUAAUACCUUUAAGCUCUUGGAAGAGAAGAGCCUUCCUUCUAUUGUUGACAAAUUUGGUUGGUGCACUUGGGAUGCGUUUUACUUGACCGUAGAACCCGCUGGUGUAUGGCAGGGUGUGAAAGAGUUCGUCGAUGCUGGUGUCCAACCGAGGUUUAUCAUCAUCGAUGAUGGCUGGCAAAGUAUCAAUAAUGAUACCGAUGACCCGAACCAGGAUGCGAAAAACCUUGUUCUUGGAGGGGAACAGAUGACUGCCAGGCUUUACAGGUUUGAAGAGGGUGAGAAGUUUAGAAAAUAUAAGGGAGGCUCCUUCUUGGGUCCCAAUGCCUUUUCGUACAACCCACACAAGUCCAAGAUGCUGAUCACAAAGGCCAUUGAAGUCGAACAUGCUGUCAAGGCUCAUGACAAGGCCCUCCAAUCCAGCGCCACUGAUGUUUCCGAAAUCGAAGCCGCGAUCAACAAGCUGAAACAAGAAUUGGAUGAUAUGUUCAAAGGAGAAGGAAGUAGUCUUUUGAAUGGAAACCAUGAAAGCAGUGGCUGCAACGCUGAUGACUAUGGUAUGAAAGCUUUUACAAAGGAUUUGCGAACCCAAUUCAAAGGUUUAGACGACAUCUGGGUGUGGCAUGCUCUUUGUGGUGCUUGGGGUGGUGUAAGACCUGGUGCAACUCAUCUCGAUUGCAAAAUAGUUCCCUGCCAUGUCUCUCUCGGUCUUGCUGGGACGAUGCCAGAUUUGGCGGUCGAUAAAAUCGUUGAAGGAGGUAUUGGACUAGUUCAUCCAAGUCAAGCUGAUGACUUCUAUGACUCCAUGCAUUCUCACCUUGCUAAAUCGGGUAUUACAGGAGUCAAAGUUGAUGUCAUUCACACUCUCGAAUAUGUAUCCGAAGAAUAUGGAGGCAGGGUUAACCUAGCCAAGGCUUACUACAACGGGUUGUCAAAAUCGUUGUCAAAGAACUUCAAAGGGACCGGGAUCAUCUCCAGCAUGCAACAAUGCAAUGACUUUUUCUUCUUGGGGACAAAGCAAAUAUCCAUGGGCAGAGUAGGUGAUGAUUUCUGGUUCCAAGAUCCGAACGGCGAUCCGAACGGAGUUUUCUGGUUGCAAGGUGUUCAUAUGGUUCACUGUGCUUAUAACAGUUUGUGGAUGGGUGAGAUCAUACAACCUGAUUGGGACAUGUUCCAGUCAGACCAUGUUUGCGCCAAAUACCAUGCUGGAUCCAGGGCAAUUUGUGGUGGACCGGUCUACAUUAGCGACUCCCUUGGCGGCCAUGAUUUUGACCUUAUUAAGAAGCUUGUGUACCCUGAUGGCACCAUCCCCAGGUGCAAGCGCUUUGCCCUCCCUACUAGAGACAGUCUUUUUGUGAACCCUUUAUUUGACAACAAAUCCCUCCUCAAGCUAUGGAAUUUCAAUAAGUAUGGAGGUGUUGUUGCAGCUUUCAACUGCCAAGGAGCCGGAUGGGAUGGUAACCUGCGGAGGAUCAUCGGCUAUCCACAGUGCUACAAGCCCAUCUCCGGUUCUGUGCAUGUCACCGAUAUCGAAUGGGACCAAUGCAAAGAAGCUGCUGCUAUGGGUGAGGCUGAAGAGUAUGUGGUCUACCUAGACCAAACUGAAACUAUUCUCUUGGUGACACCGAAAUCUGAUCCAAUUCAAGUCACCGUCCAACCAUCUUCAUUUGAGAUUUUCAGCUUCGUGCCAUUGAAAAACCUCGGUCCUACUGCUAAAUUCUCCCCUAUUGGUCUAACCAACAUGUUUAAUUCGGGAGGCACAAUUCAAGAAGUGGACUACAAUGAGGCCGGAGCAGCCCCAGCUGCCAGGAUCAAAAUCAAAGGUGGCGGGAACUUCCUAGCCUAUUCUAAUGUUGCUCCAAAGACCUGUUUCGUGAACGGUGCUGAGGCGGCUCCCGUUUGGUCAGCCGACGGCAAGCUGAAGCUCGAUCUUCCUUGGAUUGAAGAAGCCGAUGGAAUUUCUUAUGUGAAUUUUUUCUUUUAAAUUACGUUUUUGGAUUGUUGUUUAGAUUUGAACUCAUCUAAAGGAUGUAUUUGUUCAUUCCUUUCUUAUUAUUC